CAAAUAUUCUGGCCAGGGACCAGCCAGCACCUGGUUUCAUCUCAACAACCCACAGGCAGACCUUUUCUGGCUGCAACGGGGACCUUGGUUGCCCAAAGAGGCCUCUGCUGAGCAGCAUCGAUAGAAGAACUGGGCCAUGGUCCCCCUGCCAGGCAGAAUCCAUCAAGGCAGUGACAGCUCUCCAGAGAGGGUUUUCUGGCCCUGACGGAGCAGUAUCCCAGAAGCUUCCUUUCAGGAACCAGUGUGGACCCAAACAUACCUCAAGGCCAGGGGCAACUAAAGCAUUGCUGUGGCAGGUCCUCCCCGUCUUUGGUCUUAUGUUAGGCUCAUAUAUGGAACUUCCUCCAGCUCUAGAGGCUCUUCAUUCUGUGCCAAGUGCCAGCUUGUCCCACUGCAAGCCUGGCAGGGAGGACAUACUGCCUGGAGACAGACAAUGGACACUGUGCUUCCUCUUCGGCUCCCCUGCUGCCUGGCUCUUGCCUUCCAUUAGACAACAUUCCUAUUUCAAAGAAGAGAAGACUGAUGUCAGAGAAGUUAAUUUGCCAAGGAUUUUGCAAGCUGUCACAAUGCAGAACCCUGGGAGCUUCCAGAAUGCGCCCUUUCUCCUCUAUCCUGGACUAAUGGAAAUCAAGGCUGAAAGCUGAGCUUGCUGGGGAGUCCACGAGAGCCCUUCAGUGCCACAGAGGCCUGGCCUGACUUUGGCGGGUCUCCAGCAGUGACCACAGAGUGCUAAAUAAUAACAGGGUUGAAUUAUUUAUCCAGGGGCCAAUGACUUGUGAUGGCAUGGUUUACUUCUAGCAGAGUGCCAAGGUUCCUGGGUCUACGGUAAGUGGGUGGCAGAGGGAAGACAGCAGUCCUGGUCUCUAGACUGCCAGUCCUGCCUCUUCCUCCACUGCUCCCCAGAAUCACCCCACCUUGUGUACAGCAAUCCAAGCAAGGGCACCAUGCCUGGGGGCAGCUGACAUUUCAGUGACAUUAUUGGCUAUUGACUCUGAGCUAGAUAUUUGUGAAUACAUUUUCCCAAGCAUUUCUAUAGCAACCUUUAUUUUGCCUGUUUUCCCCAAUGAAGAAAUUGAGGCUUAUGCUCCCAGUGACACAGUUGGCAAAGGGCAGAGCUAGAAUGAAAGCCUGGGUCUGAUAUAUCUAGGACACCACGUGUGCUCUUAGAAUUCCUUCUUCCUGACAAUUACUUUUAUGAGCACAAUCCAGGAAGUUUAGAUGGUGCCAGCCAUGAUCUUGGGGAGCAGUGGAUUCUUGGCCUGGUACUUACAGCCCUUCAUGAUCUGGUCCUGUUCUAGUUUUUUUUUUUUUUUUUUUAAUCAUUGCAUUUUGUUCCUUCAUAAGAAUCACCUGGGAGCUUUAAAAUACAGAUUCUUGGAUCUCAUUCUUAGUUCACUAUAAUCCUAAAAACCAGUGCUAGGACCCAGGAAUUAGCAUUUUUAAACCCAAAUGAUUAUGAUGAUCUGUUGAUUUGGAAGCCAUCAACUGAUCAUCACAAUCAGGCCAGCUUUCUCAUUAGUACAUUUCCAAAUUACCAUCUAUAUGUCCAUCUCAAUGACCUUGCUCAAUUCCAUGCACUUCACUUAGAUUGACUUUUCUUCUACCCAUUAUUCUGUUAAACCAGCUCAUACUCCUUAAAAGGAACUUGACUACCACAGCUUGUAGAAAUGUGUAUGUUAGUUAGGAUGUGUGUUUAGAAGCUGAGAGAGACCCAAGAUAAGAGUUUUGCCUCAUUUGACACCUAGAAAUACAUGUCUGUCUUCGCUAACAGUGCAGGAGUAAUCAGUUCAGUUGUGGCUCCAGGGCAUCAGGAACCCAGGCUCCCACAGUCUCGAUUCUCAUCCACCGUGUAAUUAGUGCCUUUGGUUCCGUGACCCAAAUCAGCUCAUCACCACACCCACACUCCAGCCAGCAGGAAAAGGAGAGAUGGAGGAAGGGGGACCAGGAAUUGCCCAGAAUGAUUCUGAUCACAUCUCACUGUCCAGGAUCUGAUCACAUGGCCAUAUUCAGCUGCAACCAAGGCUGAGAAAUUUAAUUUGUUUUUACUCAGUAUAAUUUCUAUCAAUCAUGCUAGAGAAAGGGGGAAAUGAAUAUUGGGGAACAACCUAGCAGGUUCAACUUUUACCUUGGUUUGUUAUUCUCUGUUUGUAUCUGUGUUCUCAGCUAAACUAUGAAAGCUUUGUGAGAAAUGGACCCCUGACUGUACCUGUUUGUGAUCAUUCUAUGUGUCUAACAUACGGAAAGCACAAGAUGAAUGUCGCUGAUUGGCAGAAUAGACUACAGUGAUUACAAA